AUGGGUGUACAAAUAUGUCUUCAAGACCCAGAAGUUGGUUUGCUGGAUCGUAUGUUGAAAUUCCUGCUGUAUUCACUUGUAACAAUUUUUUCCCCAAGCAGUCAAGUUGAAGAAACGUCUCCACUACUUAAAGAGGGACCUGCAAACUAUUUCUAUUCAGCUGUCCCAAUGGGAUUUUCUCUUAGUAAAUCUGCUACUCAGGUAUCUGCUAUGCGUAUGGAUUCAAAAGUGGAUGAUCACUUAAUGCAAGGCACUGAGAAAAGCAAAUUGGAACCAGUGACUCAGUUAUUUCAAAACACCAAGAAAAUAAGAUUAGAAGACACAAACCAAGAAAACUUUACAAGGAGCAAAGAUACUGGCACAGGAUCUCUUUCGGAGAAAGCCUUGGGUUCAGUGGUGUAUGUUAAAGAAAGUGAUGGAAUAGAAAUGAUAGAUGUGGAAUGAACUUAUUUGUGUAUGUUACCAAAGAAACCAAAAAUUGGUUUUGACUAAGAGGGCCUGUUGAAUGAGAACUUAACCUUAUUAUGAAAACCUAACAAAAUGAAGGAAGACGAUUGCUUAUUUUUUACUAUUUAUGAAUCACUGUAGAUUGCGCUUUUUGAUGAUACAUAUUCAGAAAAGUUGCUUUAGAGAGAAGAAGCUUUCCAAAAUUCAAAGAAGAUUUCUCUGGUAUUACAUUCUGUCCUUGUCAAAAAAUCAGAGUUUUUGUGUAACGGUAUUUAAAUGGCACCAAAACAUUUUAAUUAUAAUGUAUUUCUCUAACAAGUGAUCAAAAACCCAAAAAAACAGUGCCCAAACAAUUUGACAUCAGUAUUUCACAUGAUUUCUACUGUACUGAUUUUGUAUGUUGAAAUUCCAGUUAGGGAUUUUGCUUUAGAAUACUUUAUCUUCUUGCAUUUUUUCAUGUCUGUUCUGUUAAAGAUCACUGGCAGCUAAACUCAAAGACCAGUAAAUUACGUACCUUGAGAAGCAUUUCACAUUUCAAAUAAUCCUUUUAAAACUUUUUUUUCACCCACGUGGAAUUCAUUUCAGAGUUCACAAAACAGUUUUUUCUAAGUGUAAUAAUUUAUCUUGAGGAUGUUACCAUUUUAUACCACCAAUAUUUAAUAUAAUAAAACAGCCUAGUUGUUAAAAAAAAUUCUUGUUUUGUAUAUAUCAGUUUGCCAUUCUUAUUAAAACAUCUACUAGUUUGAAACAGCAGUAUUGUCCCAAGUAAUGUAAGCUGAAGUUAAAAACCAUUUGUGUCUGGACAAACAGUGACGUAUAAAUAUUAUGUAUGGUUUGAACAUUUUCCUGUACUUUAAUAUUUACUGGUGAUCUCUAAUGCUCAAUUGAGUAAUCUCCUUAAUAUUCAUAAAGGAAAAAGGCAUAUUCAAACAGGAAAAGGCAUCUUCUUUUAGGAGAAGAAAUAUUUUGUAAAUCAGAAAAAAACCAAACAGAUGUCACGUAUUUGUAGAGUUAAAAAAAAAAAAAAAAAAAUUGAAUGGGAUGUAAGCCACUAAGAUAAUGCUCUUUAUCAUUUAUAGAAAAUAAUUCUUUGGGAGAGAAAAAAUACACAAAUCAUUCAUUUGUUCACCUAGCCCGGCACUGUGCUUGGUGCUCAGGAUACAGUGGUGAAUAAAUUACCACUACCUUCAUAGUGCUUACUGUCUGUCUACCAGGGAAGGUAGAACGUCAGACAGUAAUUAUAUGAUACAAAUUGUGAUGUGCCAUGAAGAAAAAGUUAAAUUUCAGAGAGACAGAAGAGGAGACAUAACACAUACGCUUGAUUUUUUUUUUUUUUUU